GGAGGGAGUUUUGAGGGGUCCCCGGGAUGAAGCCCCCCCCUGAGCCCAGUGCCAUGGAUGCCCUGCAUGAGGCCGGGAUCCAGGCAGCCGUGGCCCUGCAGGCUGGGCCGCCCUGGCUGGAGCAGUUCUGGCUCUUCCUGACCUCCCACCUGGACCCCGGUGCCAUCUACACCAUCUGCUUCCCGCUGGCCCGCGGGCUGGACGACCACGUGUCCAUGAUGGUCCUCUGGAUCGCCCUCGUGGCCGAGUGGCUCAACGUGGUCCUCAAAUGGUUCCUGUUCGGGGAGCGCCCGUACUGGUGGAUCCACGAGUCGGGGCUGUCCAGCCGGGAGCAGCUCCCGCUGCACCAGUUCCCGGUCACCUGCGAGACGGGCCCGGGGAGCCCCUCGGGCCACUGCAUGAUCCUGGGGGCGGCCCUGUGGCCGAUUGUCACCGCGCUGAGCACGGCGGUGUCCCGGCACACGCGGAGCCGGCUGCUCAGGCUGGUCCCGUUCCUCGCCUACAUCCUCCUGCUGGUGGCCAUGGGGCUCUCCCGGAUCUUCGUCCUGGCCCACUUUCCCCAUCAGGUGGUCACCGGCUCCCUGGCAGGGAUGGCUCUGGGCUGGGGGCUGCAGCGCUGGCCCCCCAACUUCCUCAAGUGCCGCUUCUUCCUGGUGACGGCCCUGGGGCUGCUCCUGGGCGCGCUGGCCCUGCACGGGCUGGCCACGGCCGCGGGGCUCGACCUGGACUGGUGA